CCACACUGAUCAUGUGCCCAAUCCUUGGCUGUCAAAAUUAUAAAAGGCUGAGGAGCCACCUUUGGUCUCUUCAAUGGCCAAGGUCUACCACCAUCACCCUCUCUUCCCUCCUCCUCCUCCUCCUCCUCCUUCCAAUGCUUCUCCUUGUCUGACUUCUAGUAGAGAGAUUUAUACUCUUUGGAUGAAGUCAUUGGUGUUGCAUGGGAAUGGUUGCACCAUUUAUGAUUCCAACGGAGAAGUAGUUUAUCGUGUCGAUAACUACGACCAGAAGCGUUGCAAUGAGGUCUACCUCAUGGAUCAAGGUGGCAAGACUCUUUACAAGAUACAAAGAAAGAAGCUUCGGGUGUUUGGAAGAUGGGAAGCCUAUCGUUACAAUGACUUGAAUGGAGAAGAGAAAAAGCCUACAUUUAGAGUCCAAAAGGCUUGUGGGAUUCUGAAAAGAAGUCAGUCCUUUGGAGUCAAAGUUAUGGGGUGUGGCAGGGAGAACAAGGCUAGUUGCAAGAUAGAGACACUGAAGCACCAGUCAGUCUACAGAAUACUGGACAUGGCUGGGGGACUUUUGGCACAGGUUCAAAGGAAGCACACUGCUUCAGGAGUUCUCCUUGGAGAAGAUGUUAUGACAUUGGUGGUGGAGCCCAACACAGACCGUUUGCUCGUUAUGGGACUCGUCGUUGUUUGCUGUCUUAUAAAUCAUUGACGUGUGGAGUCUCCCUCAUGGCCAAGCCAUGGAGUGUUGCUAUGUUCGAAUUUUUCUCGUCAUUUCUUUCCCCCCACUAUCCUUUAAUUAAUUCAUGCCAAAUCCAUAGAGCCGCAUGGUUUUUAUUUUUUUUUCCCCUUGUUUUACCUCUUAUCUUUUUCAUUUUGGAAGAAGAAAGAUAGAAUUUUCACUAAUUAGCAAAUAUAAGAGCUUAAGAAGGCAA